AUGGAGGAAAGAAACAAAACCGAAGUCAGUGAUGGAGAGGUGAUAAGCUAUCUAGUCCAAAGCGGAUUCACAAAAGAAGAGGUUCAAAAUGCUAUAAAGGAAACAGGAUCUAAAGACAUCGAUCUUUUAGUCAACUUUAUCAUAAGCUCUACCCAGGACAAGAUCCACAAAGGUGUCAAGCAGACCAAGAAGGAAUACAACAAUACAAUGCCAAAAGAAGCAGCAGAGCUUGAAAAGAAAAGGAGGGAGGAGAUAAUGAAAGAAAGGAUUUACCGAGAGCAGCUCAUAAACCAAAUCAAGGCGGAUAUGGCUGAGAAGCUUGAAAGAGAUAAGCUUGAGGACGAAAGGCUGAUGAGCUCGACCGUCGAGAAGAGCGAAGACACUUCAGACUGCAAGAUAAAGCUAUGGCUAGGCGAUGGAACCUCAUCCAUACUAGGGUUUUCCAAGGAUGACACUAUUGAGGACCUUUUCAAAAAAAUCGAAACAAGACUUAACAAAAAGAGAUUCAGCUUGUUCAAGAUGAACCAUGUAAAACCCAUUGAAAGGAAUACAAAGAAGAUAUCUGAAAUACCCGGGCUUUAUCCAAGAGGUGUUCUUUUCAUUGAAGAAUAA